AACAAUUUUCACUAUCAGUAUUUAAACGACUUGCAAACGGUUAAAAACGACGAAAAUAACGAACGAACUUUUUGUGAAUUUUUUUGUUAAUAAAAAUAAAUAAACUUUUUUUUUUUGAAAAUGAAAUUAAUGAAAAAUACCUCCACUUAUUUGGUGAUGUUUUUAAUUUUAUUUGCCUGCUGCACCCAGGAAACGGAAGCAUUACGUCGGGUAUUGCGUGGCCGUAGAACUUUUACACGCAGUUAUUUUUCUGGUUUAGCUAUACCCGGAUGGGCACUUGUUACAGUGAUUGCUCUUAGUGAACUUUUGCUCGGUGCCAUCCUCUAUUUGGUAAUGUAUAAAUUUAUACUAACGAAAGAUGUUGAACCGACCACAAAUACAUAUGCACCAGCAGCAACAACGUCACAUGAGGUCUAAGAUGAAUCAAACAGCCAACAACAACUAUGUAAACCAAGAACCCGAACAAGAUGAAGAUGUUGGUGAAUUAGAUAUGGAAGUAGAAGCAAAAAAACAAAGUGGAAAGAAACAACGAC